GUAARAAAGGGAGCCAUCCAGAUGACCCAGGCUACAUACCAACUAAUUUCCCAUUUAAGAAAGAAACUGCACCAAGAUCAAGUAAGAAUUCAAGCAAGCCUUUGGUCAUAACUAUGGAAGCUACUGCAAGGCAAAGAACAAAGAAACCUAAACCCUUGUCUGCACAAAAUGGCCAAAACCUGGGCCAAAAGAAUGGUGGAAAAGAURUCAUCCCACACCCAAUUGGKCAUGACUAUAUUCAUACUGAUGAAAUGAAACUAACUAAUGAGAUGAAGAAACAUUUACCAGAAAUAGAAGAAAAGAUGAAACUUCUGGAAGACUUGGAAGAAAAAUGUGAAAACUACAAAUCUAGAAUUUUAGACUUGGAUGAAAUUAAAAAAAAUGACAAGGAAUUCCAAUUAUGGACUUCAUUUCCAAAUUAUGRAACCUUUUAUGCAGUGUUUGAAUUUCUAGAGAAACGAGGAAAAGACCUUCAAUAUUGGAAAGGUAAAGUUACAACAAGUAGGGAACACUUUUCAAAAUCAAAAUCUACAAAGCCUGGUCCAGCUAGAAAGCUUUCACGCAUUGAUGAAUUUUUCUUGACACUGGUGAGACUUAGAGGUGGCCUGCUAGUUGAAGACAUGGCUAGACGGUUCAAUGUUUCUACUGGAACUGUUUCAUCUAUUGUGACUUCAUGGGUAAAUUUAAUGUACUCAGACCUGAAACUGCUAUGUGAACUGCCAUCAAGAAAUGUCACAAGUACUAAUCAGUCAUCAGCUAUUGGUUCUUUUACAGAUGUCCAUGUCAUACUGGAUUGUACUGAGCUCUUUGUGCAAAACCCAAGCAAGCUUGAUGCACGCAAACAGUUUUUUUCUAACUAUAAACAUCACAUCACUUACAAAUUUCUUGUAGGAAUCAGUCCUMAAAUGGGUAUCACAUACGUAAGUCGAAUGUAUGGUGGUAGAGCAUCAGAUAAAUUCAUCACUUCUGAUUCAGAAGACUUACUGAAGAACUUAGAUGCAGACAAAGGAUCUGUCAUGGCUGAUCGAG